ACAAGUAUGCCUGACACCACAACAACUAUUGAUACAACAACAACAACUAUUGAUACAACAACAAUUUUGGCUUCCUCAUCUAGCAACCCAACAUCCUCAACAAGUUUGACUUCCACAACCACCCCUCCAGCAUCUACGACUGUAGCAACAACUUCAACAAAAAUAGACGAAUCAACUUUGUCUGAACCCCCAACAGCAACUGAUGCAACCAUAAUCUUGGCUUCCACAACCACACCUGUGACAUCGACAACUUUAGCACCAGUAUCAACAACUGAUACAGCAACAACAACUAUGCGUGACACAACUACAAAUACAGAUACAACUACAAUUUUUGCUUCCACAACCACACACCCCGCUAAUGUCAACAACUGA